AUGAGUUCAAAUCAGUCUCCUUCCAAAUUUGACGACGCGACUCAAAUGACCAAAGCUCCUUUGUCUCCGAGCGAAUACGAUAAAAUAGGUUCUGCACGUGAGAAUCUUGCAAACUCGCACGUAAGAUCAUUGGGGUUGGAUGACUCUAAUAUUCUGAGAACUCCGAUUCAUGUCAACUCGCUAUCGAAAGUUGAGCUGAAUACCAUCAUUUCCGGAACGCAAAAUGAAGAUGCAUCUAGCACCUUCACGAACACCGUCUCGAACCCCAUCCCGCUCUGGUACUCCCAACCGAACUCCCAGAAAGCCAACGACUCCUAUAACGUUGCAAGCGAUUGCCGAUGGAACAACCCCACACUCUCUCUCGAAGCCUCAUUUGGAAAUUCAAAUGUGGCCUUACCUGAAGCAAUUAUUCGCAAGCAGGGAGAUUUUGACGACGACUCCAAUGAAGGUAAUUUCGCAUCUUCUAGCGUAAAUCGGCCUGUCUUAGAAGACAUUGACAAUUUUGAUAUCGGAGGGGUUUAUGACGCGUUCAGCAGUGAUGAUAGUGACGACAACGAUAGCCUUGGUGGUGAGAUUCAAGAUACAACCGAUCUUUCCCUCUUAAACGUACGUCCCCAAAAUAAGGUGCCUCCUUUUGUCACCAUUCGGAAAAGAACAAAAGAUUUACAAACCGGCUCACGCAAGCGUCCAAUAAUAUCGCUGGCUAUGAUAAGAAACAUCACAAGAUGGCUCCUAAAGGAGAAUUACUUGAAAAAGCUGCAAUCAAAGGAAGCUUUGAUUGAACUCCAGCAUAUCAGUGAAGAGUUUUUCAGACAGGAACUUAGUGAUCUUGAAAGCUACAUUGAACAUUCAAAUCGUAGAACGGUCAGUUAUGUUGAUAUCAAGCUUCUAUUGCAUCGUGCGCGACUUGACCCGUCUUAUGAUCUAUUUACGUUCACGGAUAGAGCCACCUCCAUCGAAAAUGACAUCCUGAACUUGAGUUCGCAGGUUUUUGAUCUUGAAAUCACGUCGGAAAUUGAGAAGCUCCUGUACAGAGACAAAAUUCAACGUUCAAAGAGAAUAAAAAGACAGCUCUUUAAGGAAGAGGAAAUUAAGAGACGAUUAGAGCAGGACAUUCAGAAUGAAAGCGUAGGCUCGUCGGACUCAAACAGCGAUCUUGGAGAACAAGAACAUAUGGAAAAAAUUGAGAGGCCCAUAUUGAGAAGCCCGUCUCUCAAUAAGGGAAGGUCUGCCGCUAGGAGCACUUUGCAAGAUGAGUUUGAAAUUGACAUUGCAAAUGAAAGUCAAUUUGAUUCACACUUGUAUUUACGAAUAGAAGAUAAUGGAACCUCCAGUGAUAGCUCUCUGGUCAUCCCACUAGAAGAAGAGGACAGCGAGGAGGAAGAAUGAGAAUAAGAAAAU